AUAUUUCACUUUGCAGAAACGACGUCGACGAGUCGGACGAGCUUUGAAAGAAUGAAGUCAUUCCAUCACCACUUGGUAACAAUUCUGACCUUGGCCACGCUGUACACAUGUGUGCAGUCGUCUAGGGAAAAGGAGCACGUCCCAAAGGUCACUUUGCCACCAUGUACCGACUCGCUGUGCAUCACUCCGUGCGGAUUUAGCGAAAUCGAUUCCUUUUCACUCAACGUGUCGGGCAUUCCCGUCGACAAGCUUGCGAAUUCCAUACACUUGAAGGUGACGGCUAGACCAAUGAAACUCAUAACGAGUCUCAAGUUUCGUUUGGAAAACAUCGAAAUCGAUACUAUUUUGGGAUACGAGCACUUGAACAAUAACGAAAUGGAUUUCUGUCAGAAUCAGGUGAAAAGAAAGGCGGAAAUACAAUGUCCAAUUAAGCCUAACCAGCUUAUCGUUUACGAAACGGCUAGACAAAUUGGAUGGUUGAAGAACAUGCUAAAGGGAGGGAGCGUGACCAUAAAAGCCAUUGAUCAGGAUGGAGUCGUUCUCGCCUGCGUCGACGUCACAAUCAGCAUUUUCACGAAUAAGUGACCUCGACUGUGUCGGUUCGGUACAGUACGCUUGGCGCAUCAAUAGCUG